GAGCACCUUACCAGCAGCCGCCAGCCCCCCGACGUACGCAUUUUCGACUGUUUGUCUUGCAUUUCCAUAAGCCGCACACGGAAAGCAAAGUAUUACCUGACAAUUCUCUCGAUCCGGCACUCAGUUAUAUUCCAUAUUCGCUAGUGGACGCACAGCCAUGUAUAGUGCCAGCCAUAUCCUGGGAUUCGUAUCAAUAUGCUUAUUCGCACAAGCACAAUUAACGCAAAUGCCAGAUGUGAACGCGCCUGAAGAACGCAGACCACCGCCAUGGGAACCUCCAGGGCGAGUUUAUUUUACCAAGGACCAGGUGUUGCGAGCAGUGGAACGUGCAAAGGAGAGGCUCAAGGCUAGGAAGGAGGAAGAAUUUCUUCGCUGGAGCGAAAAUGGACGUACGGACCCACCUUCACCGCACGGCGCCAUGGCUGCUUUGUUCAACAAACCAACCCCAGACGCCUUGGAGCGAGCCAACGUGUCCCAUCUCUACGAAAUGGCCUCGGAGGAGCUAUUCAGAAUCAGCACAAACCGUGUUCGUCGUCAGCUAGGAGGCGAUCUGAUUGACUUCGGGCCAAACAGCGUUUUUGAAGACAACUCGUUGAACAACAACUUUGGCCAGUUUCAAAACUCAGAUAUAAUCGAAGUUAUUCCACCGCCACCCAGUCUUCAAAAGUGCGGCUUGACUGAACCGUCAGUGUGUGACCCAACGUCGCCAUUCAGAACCUUCAGCGGCGUGUGCAACAACCUGGCCAGGCCUAAUUUAGGAAGGUCCCUGACGCCUUACACACGUCUGCUCCCUGCUGCUUACCAGGACAGAGUGUCUGUUCCCAGAGUUACCGGCAUAAGUGGACGACCUUUGCCCUCUCCCAGAAUUAUCUCAACCUUGGUUCACAGAGAUGUGAGUCACUUGAGCUCUCGCUUCUCCCUCAUGCUCAUGCAAUUUGGACAAUUUUUGGACCACGACAUAUCCUUCACGCCUAAUCACCGCAGCUUCUCUGCUUCAAUCCCUGACUGUGCGAGUUGCGAUUCUUCCAGACACCCUGAAUGUAUGCCGAUUCCUGUUCCCAUCAAUGAUCCUUUCCACCCUCCUCCCAACAAUGGCAGGCCGAAGUGUUUCGCGUUCAUAAGGUCCCUGCCUGGACAGUUGAACUUUGGUCCUCGCGAGCAAGUGAACCAAAAUUCGGCUUUCAUCGAUGCAUCUCAAGUGUACGGAGAGCACAUUUGCCGAACCACAUCGCUACGCGCGCCUGGGGGCCGCAUGAACGCCACCUUUUUCCCUCCGAUGGGUCCCAACUCUCGAGCUAGAGAGCUCUUGCCUCAGGUGACCAGCAAUUGCAGGGGCACGUGCUUCGCCGCGGGCGACGGCAGGGCCAGCGAGCAGCCAGGCCUGACCAUCAUGCACACAAUUUUCAUGAGGGAGCACAACCGACUGGCGGACGCCCUGCACCAGAUAAACCCUCGCUGGAGCGAAGAAACGGUCUUUCACCAAGCAAGAAAAAUCGUUGCAGCUCAAGUUCAGCACAUCGCCUUCUCGGAAUUCUUGCCGCGGAUUUUGGGACCUGACAAUGUUGCUAAAAACAAUCUUGGGCUUCUCUCUGAUGGAUACUAUAAUGGCUACAAUGCGUCCUGUGAUCCGCGCGUCUACAAUGAGUUCGUGGCGGCAGCCUUCAGGUUCGGCCACAGCCUCGUUCGCCCCCACCUUCCCCGUGUUGGUGCCCGCUGGGAGCCACUGACCCCUCCGCUUCUGCUGAGAGAAAAUUUCUUUGACAGCAGCUCACUGAUGAACCCCAGAAUGAUGGAUGAGCUGAUCAGAGGCCUCCUUGCCUCCCCCACAGAAGAUGCUGAUAGGUUUAUUAGCGGUGAGGUCACCAACCACUUGUUUGAGGCGCGCAGAAAUCCAUUUUCUGGCUUGGACAUAGCAGCCCUCAACAUUCAAAGAGGUCGCGAUCAUGGUCUGCAGUCUUACAACGAGUACCGUGCAAUGUGUGGCUUGAAAAAAGCUAUUGUGUGGGAUGAUUUGCUAGGCGAAAUGACAGUCGAAGCUGCAGAAACCCUGCGUGGUGUCUACGGGAACGUUGACGAUGUUGACUUGUACCCAGGUGGAGCGAGUGAAAGUGCUUUGCCUGGAGCUUUAGUUGGUCCAACCUUCUCCUGCAUCAUCGCCAUGCAGUUCAGGAAGUUCAGGGACUGUGACAGAUUCUGGUACGAGACCGGCUCUCAGGUCGAAAGGUUUUCGCCCGCCCAAUUGGCAGAGCUGCGCAAAACCAGUCUAUCCAAAAUCAUCUGCAACAACAUGGACGUCCCUAUCGACAUUCAACUUGCAGCUUUUGACCUGCCGAAUGGAUCAACGAAUCCACGAGUAGACUGUAAGACACUGAAUGGAAUAGACCUUAAUGCUUGGCGGGAAUUCGGGGUCCAGGGUAGGGCGCUCAAUUCAGGCCCUGGUUCAUUUUGCCAAUUCAACGAGCGUGUAGUGAGAAUUGGAGAAAGCCAACUUGUAUUGCCGUGUACAAGUUGCCAAUGCACAAUAACAGGGAUGAGAUGCAAAUCAAUCAGGGUAACCGACUGCAGUGCUCUGAUCUCUCGCGUUGGACUAGCAGCAAUGCGCCGGGACGUAGUCUGCAUGGCUCAGUGCAGAAGAAUCCUCUCGAACGAGCCUUCAGGUCCUCCUGGACCUCCCUUGGCCACAGCGCCUCUCUUGGGCAGACCACCCGGUCCGCCUGGCCCACCCGCCCCUGAAGAGGGUGGAAUUCUCAACAAUCUCAGCCUGAAGGGAAUGCGACCGCUAUUCAACCGGCUCCUUGGAUUCUUGGGAUGAGAUCAAUGACAUGUAUUGCUCAAUGAAAAUAUUUAUAGAGUUUUGUAUCAAAGUCCACAGCGUGUUCGAAAUAUCAGUGCGAAAAAACUGUAAAUAGUUUUGCUAAAAUCAGUUUUUGUUUUGAUUUUUUGUGGAAAGUUUAAUUUGUUGAGAAACACUUAGCAUGUUAUUUUGACUGAUAUAAUUUGGUGCUCUGGUUACGUGUUAAUCAAAUGGUUGUUUGUUCAUUUCAUUGGUGAAAGGUCUGGGGGAUAAGCUGUAGUAGUCACAAUUGCCAUGCCCUAAGGGCCUCAAUAUGUCAUAAAUCAAGAGUACAAUUUAUUCCCAGAUAUUUUUCGCAAGUGUUGGUUGAAAUGUAUCCAAAGGUUUCAAUUUAAGUAUGAAAAAUUCAGGCUUGACGCAACAAUUAAUUUAUUAUUGUAAGAAAAAACAAGAUUUACUGUGAUCACUUAUAACUGAAUUAGUUUAAGAAUAGUGUCGAAUUAAGUGUGCACUACAGAAUUAAAAGUGUUUGAAACUCAAUGCAAAUAAAUACAGUAUCAUGAUUAAA